AUGGCCGCCAAGGAAAGUCCAUGCCCUCCAACCUCCGUCAUUGACAAUGUCGGGGCGAGGUUCCCCUUACUACACUCCAGCCCAACAACCACCAUCAGGCACCGCAACGGCGUCAAGGAGGACACAGAGACACCAAAACUCUUUACGCCUCUCACCAUCCGGGGUGUAACUUUCCAAAGCCGGCUCUUUUCGGCCCCGCUGUGCCGGUGCUCUGCCAAGGACGGCUACGCCACGGACUGGCAUCUCACGCAGUUGGGCGGCAGUACCCAACGAGGUCCGGGCUUGGCCCUUGACAUUGGUCUACGGGAAGACGACCAAAUUGAACUUCUCAAGACUUCGCUUACAGCCGGAACCGAAAAUAUCGGCAUUCAACUAAGCCAAGCUGGAAGAAAGUCGAGCACCAUGGUAUCAUUUCUCCACAAGAACCCCAAGGAGAUGAUCCUGAACCAAAUCGAGGUUGUCAAAGUCGCCUUUGCCGACGCCACAAAGCGAGCCGUCAAGGCCGGUCUUGAUGUUGUUGAAAUCCACGCCGCUCACGGGCAUCUGAUUUACCAGUUCCUCAGCCCAAUCAGCAACCAGAGCAAGGACAGGUACGGUGGCAGCUGGGAGAACAGGUUACCGGAAGGCUGGACCGUCGCUGACUCUUGCAAGUUGGCACCUAUCCUAGCUGAGCGAGACGCUGACUUCCUCGAGGUCAGCUCCGGAGAAACCCCCAAGGCCGCCAAGUAUCAGAUGAUAGUGCCAGCCAUCGGAAGAAUCAGCACGGCGACCUGA